GGAACACUGGGUCUUGUUUUCUCCUUGAAAAAAGUCCAAACUCACAUAAAUGUCUAUCCGUUAAGGAGAAAAACAAACAAUCUUCACCAACCGUUUCCUGAUUAAUAUUUUCAUUUUUCUGUAAAAAUUCCAAGACCCAUUUUCUCUCUUUUCCUUUUCAUUACAUCCAUCCAUUUUGAACUUUGGUGGUGCUGUUCUUUAUGCAUAUUUCAAUCUCUUAAUAUUAAGUAGACAAUAUUUUCCAGUAGCAUCAGAUUAGUUUAAAGAUUUUAGUGCAUAAAUGGGAGCUGUAAAGGUUCUUGCACUCUCCCUUCCAUCUCCAGCUUCCCAAUGGGAGAGAUUAUCAUCAUCCAAUCAGGCAAGUACUCGAGGUGUAAAUGAGGGGAUGGGAUACACAGAAACAAGACCACCUUCAAAUCAAGCUUCAUAUCCAAUUAGGAAAUUGCCACACCCAACAGCAUGCAUCACUCAAAGGUCUCAUCAAUAUAGUGGGGAUGCUUCUGUUAGAACAAGUCUACCAAAGAGUCGCAUAGUUUCCAAAAACUCAUCAAGAUGGCUACAAACACCAUCUUCAGUUUCAAAGCAACCACUCAGAAAUGGGUCUUUUGACUCUUUUCCCCUAAGGGCAUUAGUUACCUCUACAACUCAAGAUGCAUCUACGCCACUUCUUAUUGGUGACGAAAAGAUUGGAGUUUUGUUGCUGAACCUUGGAGGUCCAGAAACUCUUGACGAUGUGCAGCCUUUCUUGUAUAAUCUUUUUGCUGACCCGGAUAUUAUACGGCUGCCAAGAUUGGUCCGUUUUCUUCAAGGUCCCCUGGCACAGUUCAUAUCUGUACUUAGAGCACCAAAGAGCAAAGAAGGUUAUGCUUCCAUUGGUGGUGGUUCACCUCUUCGCCAGAUAACGGAUGCACAGGCCGAGGAGUUGAGGAAGUCUCUUUGGGAAAAGAAUGUCCCAGCAAAGGUGUAUGUUGGAAUGCGUUAUUGGCAUCCUUUUACCGAGGAAGCUAUUGAGCAGAUUAAACAGGAUGGAAUUUCAAAGCUUGUGGUGCUUCCUCUUUAUCCACAAUUUUCAAUAUCAACUAGUGGUUCAAGCCUUCGGUUGUUGGAGAGUAUUUUUAGAGAAGAUGAGUAUUUGGUGAACAUGCAACACACUGUUAUUCCAUCAUGGUACCAGCGUGAAGGAUACAUAAAAGCUAUGACAAACUUAAUUGAAAAGGAGUUAAAAAAAUUUAACAGCCCUGAGAAGGUGAUGAUAUUUUUUAGUGCUCAUGGGGUGCCAGUUGCAUAUGUCGAAGAAGCUGGUGACCCCUAUAAAGCUGAGAUGGAAGAGUGUGUGGAUUUGAUCAUGGAAGAACUAGAAAGACGAAAAUUAAAUAAUCCAUAUACUCUUGCGUAUCAGAGUAGAGUUGGACCCAUUGAAUGGUUAAAGCCUUACACUGACGACACAAUUAUAGAGCUCGGUGAAAAGGGCACAGAGAGUCUUCUUGCUGUUCCUAUCAGCUUUGUCAGCGAGCACAUUGAAACUCUUGAAGAGAUCGAUGUCGAGUACAGAGAGUUAGCUUUAAAAUCUGGUAUAAAGAAUUGGGGCCGUGUUCCUGCUCUAGAUUGUGAGCCGACCUUCAUCGCAGACUUGGCAGAUGCCGUAAUUGAAAGUCUUCCAUACGUCGGGGCAAUGGCAGUCUCAAAUCUGGAAGCUCGACAGUCUCUCGUCCCACUUGGUAGUGUGGAAGAGCUAUUAGCAACAUAUGAUUCACAGCGCAGGGAACUACCACCACCAGUGACGAUGUGGGAAUGGGGUUGGACAAAAAGUGCUGAAACCUGGAACGGCAGAGCAGCAAUGAUCGCUGUACUUGUUCUAUUGGUUUGGGAAGUGACUACAGGAGAGGGGUUUCUGCACCAGUGGGGCAUAUUACCAACUAUAACCCACUGAAUUUUCUACAACUGCCUUUAUUUUUAUAGUCUUAUCCAGAUGAAUGAAGCUAUAAGUACGGCUCGUCUCCUAUAUCUCCGUGCCGCGAACAUUCCUUCAUAAUUCAUUUGAUGUAUAUGCAUGCAGUUUCGGUAUGUGGAUAUCCAAAGAUAUUGGCAUAAGAUCCACAGGGUACAAAUGUGUUGCGUAUCUUAGUCGAAGUUCCAUUUUUCCUCUUUCUGCUUCUUUUCGCCUUUCCUUUUUCUUAAUUGAUAAAUAUGUAUUAUUGCAUAUGCAUAAUGCAUUAUUUUGUAAAAUGCCAACAACUAAAAUACGCGUGCUUAAAGGUCUGUUACUUUUUUGAGCUAUGGAAAUUUGCUUUGAUUCA